AUGCAAGUCAGAAAUAUUCAGAACAUAGCACCGAGUCUAACUGACAAGAGUAUAAAGAUAUACUAUGAACAUGUUAUGAUGAAACCAACCAAAAUUCAAGAAAGUCAGUAUACUUAUGAAUAUCCAAGAUACUGGGUAGAGUAUGUAGGAGGUGAGAAAGCUAUUGAAAUCAGACAGGUUCGAAGUAUUCCAGCAGGAAGAACAAUAUUAUUGAAGAACUUUAAUGUUUUGAGGUAUAAUGAUGAAACAAAGAAGCAAGAUAGUUUCCCUGUUGCUGUGUAUGUGAACCUAGACACAGGAGAUGACAUGAAAGUUUUUAACACAAAGCUUCAAACGGUAGUGAGAGAACAACUUACUGCGGAAGGACAUCCAUUACCUUCAGAAGUUACCAUAGCAUAUAAUUUUGAAACAAACUCAAUAGAUUUUAAAGUCAUCUCUGCAAGGAAGUCAGGUUUUACAUUUAAUGAAGCAGAUGUAUAUUCGAAUGAAAACUUCAAAGCUAUUGCAUGGUUAGAUAAUGACGAUUGC